AUGCUGACAGAAGCAGAAGACCGUAAUUCCUUCAAUUCUGUGUUGGGACGCAUCUUAGGAUGCAAAAUCUGUAGUCGUAAUCGAAGGCAUCGAAGCCACGAGAAAUCUUUCACUCACAGCAACUCCAUACAUGAAAUCGAACCGUUAGAUGAUACUAAUAUGGAGUUUCUUGGAGUUCUCGGUAAAGGAAGUUCCGGUACGGUUUCUCAAUACCGUAUCAUCAAAGAUAACAGCAUUGUGGCCAUCAAACAAAUUUCGAUAGAGAGCAUUUCCAAUGCUGUUCCCGGUUGCAUCGUCAGAGAAGUCUCGUUUCUAAAAGAAUUGAAUCAUCCAAACAUUGUUAGGUUAUUGAAUGUAACGAGCAAUAAGGAUACAAGACUGGUGAGCCUUGUUUUCGAGUGUCUUGAUUGCGAUCUUAACACAUACAUUAAACAGAAUGAACGCUACGGUUCAUCAAUUAAUAAUCCCUUCACAAGAAAGAGUUUGCUAUAUCAGAUAUUAUCUGCAGUGGAGUACUGUCAUUCUCAUAAGAUUAUUCACCGAGACUUAAAACCAUGUAAUCUUCUAAUCGAUCAUAAAAAAAUGAUAAUCAAACUGGCGGAUUUUGGUUGGGCUAGAGAGUUAGGAGAUCCUGACAUGUUCUAUACUGAGAUGAUAGCAACUCGGUGGUAUAGGGCACCUGAAGUUUUGUUUCAUAACGGUCAAUAUUCAACUCCAAUGGACAUUUGGUCUGUGGGCUGUAUAUUUGGUGAGAUGGUACUUGGACAACCAAUACACAAUCUUUUUUAUUGCAUGGGUGAGCUAAAGCUGAUUUUCAGAAUGUUUGGUACACCAACAGAGGAAACAUGGCCAGGGGUCACUAAGUUAUGUGCUAACCUUCAAGACUAUCCCAAAUCUGACCCAAUGGACCUUUCAACAAUUUUUCAUGAUCUCGAUUCAACUGGUCUUAAUCUUCUAACGAGGAUGCUUUGCCUGGACCCAAACAAGAGGAUUUCAGCCGAAGAUGCUCUAAAGCAUGCUUACUUUAAUGACUUGGAUCAGUCAGCGAAUAAAAAAAUUAGGGAGGGUGGCGGCAACAACAAUAACCCAGAAGAGUUUGCGGUGAUGAGGGAGGGUGGGAGUAGCACCACCAACAACAACAAUGUACAAGAAUUUCCGAUGACCAUGGAAGGUGAAAGAAGCACCACCAUGAACAACAAUGAAGAGUUUGCGGAGGGGUGUUUGCUGUCGAUCAGGACAGUAUUUGGUGAAGAAUUUGAAGGCCAAGUUGUUACGUUUGAUCGUCCCUCCAACAUGCUCGCACUCAUAGAAAGAUCCAAAGAUGGCCCUCUUGGAAACAUUAGGAUUUUGAAAGCUGAUUACAUCCAAGACUUCACCUUAUUAGGUCAAUAUCCAUAUAAGUGCUACCUUGAUCUCAAUGUUCUCCAAGCAAGGGAAGAAGUUGCCAUUAGACAAGCAGAAGCAGAUGCUGAGAGGAUUGGGGUUGGGGUUACAAGUGUAGCACAGAACAUCUUUGAUGCUUUAUCUAAAACGUUUCCAGUCCGCUGGGACAAGACUGUCAUAGUUGUGAUGAAUGAGGUGCGUAUCAGCAGUCCUUAUCACUCGGAAUGUGUGAUUGGUGGUACUCCGGAUGCAAAUAACCGGGUGAAGAAAGUGCUUAAGAUGUUGAGGAAGAGGUUGCAACUUUCAGGUUCUGAUGAUCUUUGUUGA